AUGGCCCAGAUCACAGACGGCAGUCUACGUGCCAUUAUCACGGAGCGCCUGCAGGCAGCCCACGUUGAGGUGACCGACAUGUCCGGUGUGUCCCCCUCCAGUUGCCAGCCAGGCUAUGGCGAGUCCCAACCCCGGCUGGGGCCUCGAUCAACGGUUUCGCUAACGCAGCACCGUACCGUUCCCGCAGGCGGCUGCGGUCAAGCAUUCUCGGUCCUCAUCGUCUCCCCGCAGUUUCAAGCUCUCUCCUCCCUCAAGCGCCACCGCCUCGUCAACGCGGCCCUCAAGGAGGAGAUUGCCUCCAUCCAUGCCUGGACAGCUCGGUGCCAGACCCCCGACGAGUGGGAGCGAGACAAGGCCAAGGCCGGUCCCUCCAUGGAGGGCACGGUGGGUGGGCAGGUCGAUGGGACGCUGGAAUAG